AUGGUGGAAGAGGCGCUGAGGGAGGAGACACAACGAGAGGAGCCACAAACCGAAGACUGCUUUGUUGGGCCUCGAGAAUUAGCAUGUCCAGUCGAGGAAGACAUCAUCCCUUGUGUGUGUUCUCAGUGGAAUAAGAUCUCACUCGACCUUGACUGUUCAGAUGUGGAGGAUGAGGACGACCUAGCCAGAGUCUUCAAGGCUAACUUCCCUUAUCCUCAGUUCCGGAGAUUAACCAUCAAAAACAAUCAACACGUGAAGGUCCUACGUAAAAGUGAUCUAGGGAACAUAACCUUCGAACAGUUCUGGAUCACUGACGGCGUUCUUGAAGAAGUCGAAGAAGGAGCUCUAUCAACCAGUGCUUCAACCAUUGUCAAUUUAGUCUUCAAUUUCAACAACAUCUCCUCUUUCCCCUUCCUCGAUCUUAAAGACUUCCCAAUGCUUACUUCCCUGGAUAUGAGACAUAAUGAGAUAAAAGGAUUUCCUGAGCUAUAUUCUGAGACACUAGGGAGUCUCUUUCUCUCAGUCAACCCUCUGGGGGAGCUUCCGGUACACGCCUUCGCUAACACCCCAUCACUGGUCAACAUUCACCUCUCUCAAACCAGGAUACCUGAAAUUAUUCCAGGAACCUUUGAAAACCUGAAGCUCCUGAAGAACCUAGGAAUGGGCGCUAAUCUCAUCACCCACCUGGACGAGAAUGCCAUACAGUGUAGCCAUACCACUGGACUUAUUGAUCUCGGAUACAACACUAUAAGAGACGUGCAUGUGAACGCCUUCCCAGGUCUCGUUAAUGGUUGGAUUUACAUUCACCACAAUGGGAUUAAGUUUUUAGAGGAAGAGGUAUGGAAGCCGCUUAUUGAUUCCGGUGGCUAUAUUGACCCUUAUGGUAACCCUCUGGAGUGUGGUUGCGACGUGGCGUGGGUAGUUCGUGAUCCAGUUGUGAGAGACGGGUUCGAUAUUUAUACCUCGUGUGCUGACGGCCAGAUGUUGGUGGAUUUGGACCCCUUUGAUUAUGUACCGUGCUAGUGUGUCUGUCUGUCUGUCUGUCUGUCUAUCUGUCUGUCUGUCUAUCUGUCUGUCUGUCUGUCUCUGUCUGUC